ACCCUGACCCAACCGAUCUUGAAUCCUAUUCGACAACAUGCUCCUGAUCCAAUGAGUUCCAACCUUUUGGACCAGUAUCCAAUGAAGAACCUUAUCAAAGAUCCGUGUACACCUGAUCAACGGCACAAUACGGUGGCAAGCACCCAAUUUCCAAAGCACUUAUCAGUAAACAUAUGUGCAUCGAAUAUUAUUAUAAUCUUGAACCAGCCUGUUCCCACAGCUGGGAUGGGGAGAGUGCUCCCACUUGCAGAUGGACAGCAUUCUCCAGAAUUCCCGGCUUGUUUCCGGUUGAGGUAAUUUCCGGUGACUGAGGGCGUCGCUCAUUCGUCCGCCGACGCUCGCCCUUCAUCCGCUCCGUUUCGAUGUAUCCGCGGCGGCCUCAAGAUUUUAACGAGGGACUGAGCGGCCGAGGUUGUGAGGAUGUGCCGGCGGCGGGAGGGUACGCGACCUCGUCAAGGACUUGGGACUCCAGUGACUCUUGGCCGAUGGAGAGCAGGUUCCGGGCGCCUGCGGCUGGUCCUUGGGGAGAGAGAGCGGCGGGGGCGGCGGCAGCGACAACCCCAGCGCCAGCCGGCAGUGCGGGGGCGACUGCCCCGGAGAACGCGGCGGGAUCCUCUGGUACCGAGUGUGAUUCUGGUCCAGGUGAAAUUCCAAAAAACCCUGAUCAGUUAAAUAGAUUUGCAGGAUUUGGCAUUGGUCUUGCAAGUCUCUUUACAGAAAAUGUCUUGGCACAUCCCUGUAUUGUUUUCCGGCGGCAAUGUCAGGUUAAUUAUCAUGCAAAAAACUAUCAUCUCACUCCUUUCACCGUUGUUAAUAUUAUGUACCAUUUCAGCAAAACACAGGGUAUAAAAGGAUUAUGGAAAGGGAUGGGAAGUACAUUCAUUGUUCAAGGAAUAGCUCUGGGUACUGAAGGAAUCAUCAGUGAAUUCACACCUCUUCCUAGAGAGGUUUCACAUAAAUGGAGUCCAAAACAAAUUGUUGGCCAUCUUGUACUCAAAGGGUUGACAUGUGCUGUGGCAAUGCCUUUUUACUCAGCUAGUUUAAUUGAAACUGUGCAGAGUGAAAUUGUUAGAGACAAUCCAGGAAUAUUGGAUUGUGUAAAGGAAGGUGUCUGCAGACUGGUGGGAAUGGGUGUCCCACAUAGCAAGCGUUUGCUUCCUCUUGGAGUAUUAGUCUUCCCUACUGUCUUGCAUGGAGUGCUCCAUUACAUCAUCAGUGGCAUCAUCCAGAAGAUAAUUCUAUUUCUUUUACGGAGAAAAACAUCGCAACAGUACCCAACUGAGACUUCUAGUUCUGUACAAACUGUUCUGGAUGCUUAUUUCCCUGAACUUAUUGCUGGUUUUGUUGCAAAUCUUUGUGCUGAUGUUUUGGUUUACCCAUUGGAAACGGUACUUCACCGCCUCCAUGUUCAAGGAACUCGCACCAUCAUUGACAACACAGACCAUGGAUAUGAAGUUCUUCCUAUUAACACUCAGUAUGAGGGAAUGAAAGACUGUAUUAACAUCAUCAAAAAAGAAGAAGGCAUCUUUGGAUUUUAUAAGGGUUUUGGGGCAGUUCUUGUCCAGUACACAUUGCACGCUGCUGUACUGCAGAUAACUAGGAUUAUAUAUUCUAUGUGGUUACAAAAUGCCACCUAAUCCUGGCAUUUAAGAUGUCUUUGUAAGAUAAAUAAUCCGUAAUAAUGAAGAAUAUAUUAUUAAUUUUCAGUGGUGCAUGUUAGGAAACUCUAAUAAAAUGCACUGUUAACUGUUAAA